AUGGCGAUGAAGCGCACUUACUGCAACCCAAUCGUGCCUGGAUUCGCACCAGAUCCCUCGGUCGUCUUCGUUGAUGGUGUCUUCUUUCUGGUAACUUCAUCUUUCCACAUAUUUCCGGGUCUGCCCAUCUACGCCUCAACAGAUCUUCAAGGCUGGAGGCAUAUUGGCAAUGCCGUCAAUCGCAAGGAACAAAUCUCACUCAAUCAUGCGAGCACAGCAGUGAUGCCUCUCGAUACGGGGAAUAUCAUGGUCGCCAGCGCCGGCCUCUUUGCACCAACCAUACGCUAUUACAAAGGCACUUUCUACAUUGUUUGCACGAAUACGACGCAUGUUGGUAUCCCUAUUACAGGGUAG